CACGUUCAAUCUGCUCAAUUCUCGCUAUCAGAAUGUUGGAUGGAUUGUUCCUGCCACGGCUUAUCAAGGGUUUUGGGCAAUCUGACGGCGGCCCCAAAGGAGAAAACCGUCGAUUUCGUCGUCCUCGUAGUUGUUGGCUUCUUCGAUGAAAGAGCGGAGGAGAUUCGUGAAGAGAUAAUGGUGGAUAUCCCCAAGAAAGAGGAAGAGGAUUUCGAGGGGGUUGCGCCAAGAAGAGGGGAAAAGAAAGUGGAAGACAUCAUUAGAGGCGGCAAGGUCGAGGGCAUCGUAGUAGGAGAGCAAGUGUUUGGAGGAGGAGGUCAAUGCGGUAAGAGAUGAGGGCGUGCGACAGCGAGGAGAGGGACUGACGUAGGUGAGGAAGGAGGCUGUUGUUGAGAGAAUCGAACCACUCCGCGAAGAAGUCUUUGAAGGGCGUGUUGAGUGCAAGAAUCCACGAGUCGAGUUUAAAACAAUAAAUUUAUAUAGUAAUAUACACAAUUUUUAAAU